CACCAUGGCUAGAAUAACACAGCGACUAGACAAGCAUUCUGAGGCGCAGCUCUUUGAGUUCUUUACAGGCCACGUGAAGUUCAGUUUGCUCCACAAGGGCAGUGUCCAUGGGUUCAGUGUCAGCCAAGUACAGGAGAAGUGUGCCAAGCAAGGUCACAUCAUGCUGGUGGUCUAUAAUAAGAGAGGUAUCAUUGUGGGGGUCUACAGCUGCAAGGGGCUGGUGGAGUCCUCAUACACUGGAUGUGACUUCUAUUUCAGUCCUUUUCAGAAUAAGCUUAAGAAGUCAUCAAUUAACAAAGUGAGCUGUCAAGCGAAUUGUAUAACGGUUGAUGAUGUCAUCACAAUGAAGGAGAUUUCAAACAACGAGCAAAAUAUUUCAGUGACCUUCAUUAAGAGGAAUUAUACAACUGACGAGCUGGAGGUGUAUCGAGUUGAAGACCUCGGUCCUUUCCUGCCCAUCCCCUGGCAAGAGCUUAUCUGGACAACACAGAAGAGCAGUCAAAUGAGGAACGCCAUCGUCUCCUACAAGCCACCCACCAACUUGGUCACCCAGACGCGUGUGCUUCUUGUGGGUCCGGUGGGGGCAGGCAAGUCCAGCUUCAUCAGCUCCGUCUACUCUGUUCUGGAAGGCGCUGUCACCUGUCAGACGAUAGGCGGCACGGAGAAGGCUCAGAGUUUCACCACAAAGUUUAGAUCGUACAACAUCAAAGCUGUCCGAGGUGGAAAGGCGACCUCUUUAGUUUUGUGCGACAUGAUGGGGAUGGGAGAUGCGGAAGUGUCUGGAGUGAAUGUGAAGGAUGUGCUGGAGGUGAUCAAGGGACACGUGCCAGAGAGGUACAAGUUCAAUCCGUCAGAAGCCAUUUCCCAGGACUCCACAGGCUAUGUCAGUGAACCAACAUUGAAGCAUAAAAUUGCUUGCGUGGUUUUUGUGUUCAGCGCCAAAGACUUGAAUGGCUACUCUAAAACUCUCCUGGAUAACCUGAAGGAGCUGCAGCUGCAUAUCAGAGACCUUGGAGUCCCACUUGUUGCUCUUUUGACUCACACCGAUAAAGUCUGCCAUGUCGUUAACCAAAAUGCAAGCAUGAUGUACUUUAGCAGGCACGUCCAGGACAAGGUCCACACUGUUGUUAAUCUGUUCGGCCUGCCCUUGUCCUGCAUCUUCCCAGUGAAAAACUACUCAUCCAAGCUGAUGUUGGACUGCAACACUGACAUCCUCAUCCUCAACACUCUGGAGCUCAUCCUGCGAUACACUGACUUGUUUUAUGAGGACUGUGAGGUCUUCACGGCUGAUAAGUCAUAAGAGUUUAAGAUGGUGACUCCCUGUCAACUGCUGAUUGAUCAGACACAUUUAUUUGUGAAUUAUCUGAACCAGUCCAUAAUAAAUCAUGACACCUCGAGGUUAUCAUUCUCAAGGUGCCCAUUCCAAGCCUA